UUAAUUUUCUAAUGUUAAAAGAUGAAUAAUGAUUUUUAAUAAAUCCAGUCUGAUCUUCAGAAAUAUUUCAAGGUAAUAUAUUUUCUAAUCUAAUAGCCAAAAUUUUACUGAAAAUCUUAAAAUCCGUAUUUAAUAAGGAUAUAGGUCGAUAGGAUGCACAUUCAGUAGGGUCUUUAUCUUUUUUAAGAAUUAAAGAAAUAGAAGCUUCAUAAAAAGAUUGUGGUAAUUUGCCUACAAUUAAUACAUCUUCAAAAAUUUUACAAAGCCAAGGAAAAAGUAUAGGAGAAAAAGAUUUUAAAAAUUCUACAGGAAAACCAUCUGGACCAGAAGCUUUACCAGAAUUCAUUAAAAAAAUAGCCUUUUCUAUUUCAGACUCCGUAAUAGGUGUACCUAAAAUUACAUUAUCCUCAACAGUUGCUUUUGGAAUAUUCAAUUUCCUUAAAAAAUCAUUUAUUAUAGAAGAGUCCUUAGUGAAUUCUGAUUGAUAUAAGGAGUUAUAAAAAUCUUGAAAGGCUCUAUUUAUCUCUUUGUGGUCGAUCGUCAGAGUACCAUCUUGUUUACGAAUUCUAGUAAUCUGUCAUUUAUCCGAAACAAUUUUCAAUUGGUUAGCCAAUAAUUUACCAGACUUAUCUCCAUGCAUAUAGAAUUGAGUUUUUGAUUUAAUUAACUGACUUUCAAUCGAAGAGGAUCAUAAUAAACUAUGUUCCAUUUGAAGUUCCACUUUAUAAAGUUCUUUACUAGGGGUCAUUGAAUAAAUUUUAUCAAUUGCUUUGAUUUUAUCAACUAAUGUUAAUAUUUUAGAAUUAGUUCGUUUCCUAACUCCAGCAGAGUAUGAAAUAAUCUGUCCACGAAUAUAUGCUUUAAAAGUAUCCCACAAAAUUCCACUAGAAAUCUCUACUGUAGACUUUGUUGCAAAAAACAAAUCAAUUUGCUGUUUAAUAAAGUUAACAAAGUCUAAAUCCUGCAAUAAAAUAGGAUUAAACCUCCAAAAUUUAGCAUUGAUAUAUGAAUCCAUUAUUUUAAUAGAUAACUUCAGAGGUGCAUGAUCAGAUAUGGUAAUACAGUCAUAUUUACAAUCAGUAACGUCUGUGAGUAAAUGGUGAUCAAUGAAAAAGUAAUCAAUUCUUGAGUAAUUAUGAUAAACAUGGGAAAAGUAUGAAAACUCUUUGUCAUUAGGGUGUAGAAAACGCUAAAUUUCACAAAUAGCUGAAUCAAUCAUAAAAGAGUUAAUAAGAGAAGCCGAUUUAUUCGGAAGAGUUUGGGUAGGCUUGGAUCUAUCCAUCACAGGGUUUAAACAACAGUUAAAAUCCCCACCCAUUAUCAGUUUAUAUUGAUUCAGAUUAGGAAAGGAUGUAAAUAAUCAUUUAAAGAAUUCAGGACAAUCAGUAUUUGGAGCAUAAACGUUAACUAAAACAACUUUUUGAUUAAAAAGUAGACCAGUAAUAAGCAAAAAUCUACCUUGUGGAUCUGAAAUUGUUUCAUGAUGUAUAAAAGAAGUUGAUGAGUCUAUAAAAAUAGAAACACCUCUUACUUUGGCUUGCAAAUUUGCGUGAUACUGUUGACCCUUCCAAAACCUAAAAAAAUUGACUAUCCACCUUCCUUACAUGAGUCUCCUGCACAAAAGUAACAUUAGCAUUCAUUCUAUGGAAUACUUUGAAUAUUUUUUUCUGUUUUAUCGGAUGAUUUAAAUCAUUAGUAUUCCAAGAAACAAAAUUAAUAAUCCUAUCCAUAUUGACAAUAUUUAUUACAGUUAACACAUAAGUUUAAAAAAAAAGUGAACUCAUGAACCCAGAAGAAGGAAGUGAGUUCAAGGAGAAACCGGAAGUCAUGGCACUGCAACCAUUUUUGUAGUUUCAUAUAGGCCCAUGAAAUAAAACUAUGCAAAAAGCAAGCAAAAAGAAAAAAAAAGAAGAAAAAUCCCCCUCCCUCCACCCUCGAAACCCCAGGAAAAAAGCCAAAAAGAGGCAAGCAGGCAAUCUAAUACUAAAAUUACCCCCGUGUCUCAAGACGGCAACUCAGACAAAAAAAAAAAUUGAAAAAAAUACAAACAACCCAUAUUAUAAGAAAGGUUAAUAUAACAAAAGUUAAAAUAUAAAAUUAGUAUUAUAUAUAUAAAACAAAAGGGUUAAAAAAUUAAAUUGAUAAAACACAUAAAUAAAUACUACUAAAUUAGUCUUUUAAAUGAGAGUUUAAAACUUUCAAACUCAUCAAAACGGAUAUGACGUUCCAAGCACUAGAGUCUGUUGGGAAGAAGAAACGCCAUUUUAUUUUUUUUAAAGCUUAAUAUUUAAAUGUUAAAAAUAUAAAAAAAAGCUUAUACAAACUUAAAAAAAGGAACCCUAAUCAGUUAUUUUCAAGGUUAAUAGAUUAAUAAAAAUAUAAAAAAAUAAUAAAAUCAGAAUAAACCAAAAAAAAGAGAACUUUUACAAUAUAUAAAAAAUACAUGUCAGCCAUACCUAAAAAUAAACCAUCAUUCUGUAAGAGAUUGAAAUUUAUAGACUAAUUAUUACAUUAGUCAAUCCGAUAGAGUGUCAUUGUUCCAAAAAACUUUGAGCAUUCGCUGGAGAUUUAAACAGCCGAACAGUUCCUUCUUCAGAAGUAACUCUCAGAUAUGCUGGAAAUAACAGCGCUUGCUUGUAGCCUUCCUGGUGAAAUUUAGACAUAACUGGUCUAAAAGCCAUUGUUGCCCUUAAAACGUCAGGGCUAUAAUCUUCCAAAAUACAAAAUUUGAAUUUUUGAAAGUUAAUCAUAUCCUUUUUCUGAGCCGCUCGAAUCAGUCGCUCUUUGAUAUGAGGGUAAUGGAUCCGGAGAAUUACAUGCCGUGGUUUGUCUGAAUCAGAAUGAUAGCGAGAGACACGGUGAGCACGAUCGAUUAUUGGAGGAGAGUCCAGAACUUCUGAACCGAAGACAUCCAUUAGAAGUUUAGAAAAGACAACAGUAAGAUCACCGCUCUCAAAUUUUUCCGGAAUCCCAAUUAGCCGAAGAUUUUGGCUUCGAGAGCGAUUUUCAAGAUCAAUAAUUUUAGAUUUAUAACGAUCCAUCUGUUGAGAAGUCAAAGCUUGCUCUUGUUGCAAAGUUUCAAUAAUGUGUUCUUUCUUACGAGCGGCUUCUUCAAGUACCAAAAUAUUUGCUUGUUGUUUUUAUAGUUCCAGUGAAAGUGUUUUAAGUUCUCCUUCGAAUGAUUUUAAAUGCUCAUCAAACACAAAAAGCUGUUCGGUAAUUUUUCUCUCCAGACCCACAAAUUUAUCUUCUAUAAGCUUUACAAUAGUUUCUAAAGUUAUCGGUUCUUUCGUCUGUUUCGAUUCUUUUACUUUAGACAUUUCAGCGAGUUGAAAAUAGAUCGAAUAGUUAAAAAGAAAAAUUCUAUAUGUUUAAACCCCUUUAGAAUAAGUAAAAAAUGAUCAUUAAAGGGGUGUUUGUAGGUUAAAAAGACGUAAAAGGUUUGGAGCAAAGCCAAAAGCGGUUUAUUCCAAAAGCGCCAUCUUGAGACCUUGAGAUCCAUUACCAACCUGAUUUUCCCAAUCAAUCUGUUGCCAAAAUCUCCCUUGACUACCAUAACAUUGCCUUUUGACCUAACUUUUCUAUUUCUUGUUGUAGCCUGUGGUCCACCGCCCAGCCACUGUUGUGAGGCCUGUAUGUAACUGCCAUCAAUGUCCUUUUACCCUUGUAGUUCCUUAACUUAACCCACAAGGAUUUAACAUCUUCUGAUCCUAUGUCACAUCUUUCUACUGAUUUGAUGCCAUUCUUUACCAGGAGAGCCACAUGAUGCACCAUCAAUAACUCUCGGAGAUGGGAGGCAAAAGAUAGGCUUUUAUUUUAAACGUGACCACAACAUCUUGGAGACUGAGGUAUGGAGCAGUGCCUCCAAUCGCCUUUAUAGAGGGGUCUGUGGGAGGAGCCACAGGAGCAGUCAGCAGAGGGACGUGUCCAGACAGGUAUACACACCACACCACCCCCUCUGCCUACUUUCCUAUAUAAUGUGUAACCUUGGACAUUCAGCUCCCAAUUACAAUCAUCCUUCAGCCACAAUUUGGAGAUGGCCACAACAUGAUACCUGGCAAUCGGUAAUAUUGCAAAAGAUCAUGUACCUUAUUUCUUAUACUAUGUGCACUUAGGUAAAAACACCUUGAGUACUGUAUUUGCUAUCCUUUCUGAUUCAGCAUCCCUAAUGAUUUGAUAAUCAGCCUGCCUGUUGGCUGCAACUAAAGGCUGAUUUAUACUUGUGCAACGCAUCUAUACCGUAGGUACUGCACCACCCCCAAAAAAAGUAACUCAUGCAUCAAAUCUAUCUGCCGACAUGCGAAAAUGUUUGAAAUGCAUUUCCUCGUCCAUGUCCCUCAUGAAGAAACUCAACACAGUGGCAUAGAAGCCCCACCACCAACUAGCAUUUUAGCGCACACCAACGCAUGUUCGCUACGGCGUAAAGCCUUCACAGGAGUGAAAAUGAGGGCUACGGCAUUGGCCAUAUGGACAAGUGUAAAUUAGCCGUAAGUCCCAUCACCUGCCUGCCCUUCCUGACAGUCUGACUGCACGCCAUCUUUAGUUUUUUUUUUAACCACCUGUCCUAUCCUGAGUUGAGUUUGAUCGAGGAACGACUGCGCAGGUGUGGACGUCAACGAGUUGGACCAGUGGGAAAUGCUUAAAAAGAAGACAGCUUUAUAGAGCGGGUGUUAGAGGAGUGGGCGAUGGAGUACAGAGUAGGAGGGUUUUAGCUUAACGGGGUUUUGGUGAUAACAGGUCAAGACGAACUAAGUUACUUGUGAAGGAUAGAAAUAGGAAGUAUGUCUGUGAGGCCAAUCUGUACUGGGUGUCGGAUGUGGGAUGUCCAGGAGACUCCCAGCCAUAUCUGCACCAGAUGCACGGAGCUGCAGCUCCUUAGAGACCAGAUUAGGGAACUGGAGAUGCAGCUCGAUGACCUUCAUCUGGUCAGGGAGAGUGAGGAGGUGAUAGAGAGGAGCUAUAGGCAGGAGGUCACACCGAGGUCACGGGAGACAGAUAAGUGGGUAACAGUCAAGAGAGGGAAGGGGAAGAGUGAGGUACUAGAGAGUACCCCAGUGGCUGUACCCCUUGACAAUAAGUACUCCUAUUGGGUACUGUUGGGGGGUUGACCUACCUAGGGGAAACAAGUGGCCACUCCUCUGGCACAGAGUCUGGCUCUGUGGCUCAGAAGUGUAGGGAAAGGAAGAGGAUAGGGGACUCUACAGUUAGGGGGGUCAGACAGAUAAUUCUGUGGAUGCAGGAAAGAAACAGAGAUGGUUGUUUGCCUCCCAGCUGCUAGGGUCUGGGAUGUUUCUGAUCACGCCCACAAUAUCUUGAAGGGGACAUUGCUUUGUGGAUCCUGAAUUGGCUUGCCCACAGAAGGCAAAGAGUGGUUGUAGAUAGGUCAUAUUCUGCAUAGAGGUCGGUGACCAGUGGUGUGCCUUAGGGAUCUGUUCUGGGACCCUCUACUCUUUGUGAUUUUUAUAAGUGACCUGGAUGAGGAAGUGGAGGGAUGGGUUAGUAAGUUUGCUGAUGACACAAAGGUUGGGGGUGUUGUGGAGAGUGUGGAGGGCUGACAGAGGUUACAGCGGGACAUUGAUAAGAUGCAAAACUAGGCUGAGAGGUGGCAAAUGGAGUUUAACCCAGAUAAGUGUGAGGUGGCUCAUUUUGGUAGGUCAAAUAUGAUGGCAGAAUAUAGUAUUAAUGGUAAGCCGCUUGGCAGUGUGGAAGAUCAGAGGGAUCUUGGGGUCUGAAUUCUUAAAGCUGCUACGCAGAUUGACUCUGUGGUUAAGAAGGCAUACAGAGCGUUGGCCUUCAUCAAUCGUGGGAUUGAGUUCAAGAGCCGAGAGGUAAUGGUACAGCUGUAUAGGACUCUGGUCAGACCCCACUUGGAGUACUGUGCUCAGUUUUGGUCAACUCACUACAGGAAGAAUGUGGAAACUAUAGAAAGGGUGCAGAGGAGAUUUACAAAGAUGUUGGCUGGAUUGGGGAGCAUGCCUUACAAGAAUAGGUUGAGUGAACAUGGCCUUUUCUCCUUAGAGUGACAGAGGAUGAGAGAUGACCCGAUAGAGCUGUAUAAGAUGAUGAGAGGCAUUGAUCAUGUGGAUAGUUAGAGGCUUUUUCCCAGGGCUGAAAUGACUAACAGAGAGGGCACAGUUUUAAGGUGCUUGGAAGAAGGUACAGAGGAGAUAUCGGGGUAAGUUUUUUACACAGAGAGUGGUGAAUGUGUGGAAUGGGCUGCCAGUGACUGGUGACUGUUGUGGAGGCAGAUACAAUAGGGUCUUCUAAGAGACUCCUAGAUAGGUGCAUGGAGCUUUGAAAAAUAGAGGGUUAUUGUUAACCCUAGGUAAUUUCUAAAGUAAGCACAUGUUUGGCACAGCUUUGUGGGCCAAAGGGCCUGUAUUGUGCUGUAUGUUUUCUAUGCUUCUGUGUUUCUAUAAGUCCCUUCACUUUGAUUCCCACCCCCGUGCCAAAUUAGUUUAAACCCUCCCCAAAAGCUCUAACAAACCUGUCUGCAAGAAUAUUAGUCCCCCUCUGGUUCAGGGGUAACCUGCCACUUUUGAACAGGUCAUACCUUCCCCAGAAGAAAUCCCCAUUAUCCAAGAACAUGAAGCCCUGCCCCCUGCAACACCUUCGCAGCCAUACAUUUAUCUGCCAAAUCAUCCCAGUUCUACCAUCACUGGCACGUGGCACAGACAGCAAUCCAGAAAUUACUGCCCUGGUGGUCCUGCUUCUCAGUCUUCUACCGAGCUCUCUAGAUUCUCUUUUCAAGACCUCUUUUCUUUUCCUUCCUAUGUCAUUGGUACCAAUAUGUACCAAGACAUCUGGGUGCUCCCCCUCCCUCUCCAAAAUCUAAUAUCAAGUGGCACUUUCUCAGCAAUAUCAUUAUCAAUGGCCAGCAGUGGACAGUCACUGCCUGUGGGUAACCUUUAAGUAGUUUCCUCAUUAACUAAAAAAAACUGAAAGCACUUUGAGGUUAUCCUAGGCACUUUGUCAAGCUCACCAUUUUCCAGUAAUUUUUGGAGUUGCCUUGUGAAAUCUCAUGUUGUUAUGAUAACAGUCUUUCAAGUGGCAUUUAACUAGAGAAUACUGCAAGCUGUGUACCUUUUGUUUCUGUUACUGCAAAACAAGGCAUUUAUUGGCAUCUUGGAACUCCAAGUUGUUUUUGCUAUAACAGGAAAUGCCAGCCAAGUCAAGUCAAAUUUACUGUUAUUAAAUUAUAUACAAGUAUACUGUCUAAUCGAAUGUUUCUCUAAACCAGGGUGUAAGCACAGUAGUACACGUAACACACAAUGACGUAUGGAGGUAAGGAUAAAAUCUUCAGAUCAAUCAUACAUAAUUAACAAACUGAAGUGCAUAAGUAAAAUAUUGUAAAGUAUGGAACAGAUUAACAAGUGACACUUCAAAUGUGAUACAGCAGUGAGUUCAGAAGCCGAAUGGCCUGAGAGAAGGAACUGUUCUCCAUAAUGACUGUUUUUAUCUUUAUAUGUCAGAGUCCCCUGCCUGACGGUAAAUAUCAAAGCAGAUGCUGGAUGGAUAUGUGGGACCCUUGAUAACUCUAAGGGCCCUGUGUACGCAGUGCUCCUGAUCAAUGUCCCUAUGAUUCCCGCAUUCCUUUGUAAAGACUUCCGGUCCAAUGCUCCCAUAAGAGAUGGAGAUGCAGCUUGUCAGUCAAGUUAGAGCCUCACUUGCCUCAAUCUCCUCAAGAAGUGGAACAGCUGCUGUGCCUUCAUAUUCAAGGUGAUAUUCGUGGACCAGCUGAGAUCAUCCAUGGAUGUGAACUCCCAGGAACUUAGUGCACUUAACCUUCUCUACAGAGGAUCCGUGUAUUCACAGAGGGGUAUGGUUCAUUGGCACCUUCCUCAAGUCCACAAUGAUUUCCUCAGUCUUCUCCACAUUCAGACUUGGAUUAUUCUUCUCAAACCCACCAGCCACUCCAUUUCAUCAGAUCAUUAUCGAUGAGACUAAACACUGCUGUGUCAUCUGCAAGUUUGAUGACAUGCUUUGAACAGAAUCUUGCAACACAGUCGUGCGUUAGCAGUGUGAGCAGCAGUGGGCUGAGCACACAGCCCUGGGGAAUCAGCAUAAUGGGGCUACAGACUUUGCUGCCCACUGACUGUUUGCAAAUUUUUCUAGAAAUGAUUGCAGAUGCAGUUUGAGCUGGGUAAAAUCUAUUAUCAGUCGCACAGUACUAAAAGUUCUAGCACAGUGAGAUCUAAUUUCUUGCCAUUUUGUCCUUGUUUGAGACUGGAUUUCGUAACUCUUGUGAAAUCCAAACUGAGACUUAGUUGUCACCUUGCUAACGAGUGUUGGUCGAUACCAUUCAUCAGUCCUGAUGGCUGAGGGUGCACGAGUGAGGCAAUAAUUGGCUGGAUUGUAUUGUACUUCCUUGAGUAGGGCAAAUUACCACACUUGAAGAUGAAACGCUUUUCUAGAACUUUCAUUUGGAUUCUUUUUGUUGAGUAUUGAGUGCUGCAUUGUGUUGUGUUCUCAGGUAUUUCCUUGCAUCGUAAUGCUUGAGUAUCAUGCACAAAAUGCUGAAUCAACUCUGCAAAUCAGACAUCACAGAAAUAGUCAACGUUUUGAGUUGAGACCAUCUAUUAGGAGUCACAAGACACUAACCCUAACCAUAAUCCGUAUGUUUCUGAAAUGUGUGAGGAAACUAGAACACCAGGAAAAGCCCCACAUACUCAGGGAGAACAUACAAACUACUUACAGACAACAGUGGGAUUCGAACCCUGAUCACUGGCACUGCAAAGCAUUACACUAACUGAUCUGCUGCGGGGGCUGCAUAGCAUUUCAUUAGGUAGGACUUGCCCUUUUAGAUGACAGUGAUAAAUAAAAUUUGGAAUGACCUUUCCAACAGUCACAUGGCAAGCAUAUAAUUAUUGAGUUCUGAAAUUUUGUGGGUGGAAAAAUCUUAAAUAUAUAGUGCCCUUUAGUUUACAGUUGCAGUGUUUGCCCUUUAGCAAGCUGUAUUAAAUGGCAGAACUGCAUCAUUGUAAAUAUUUAUAGAUUAUUGCAUCCAGAAUGAAGUUAUGCAUGGGAAAAGAGAGAAGCAGAGCUAAAAUCAGUUAAUUAGUCAAGUAGCAAAAACAUUUCUUUUCUUUUCUAUUAUAGAUUUGGUCUUCCUUGUGGUGAUAUGUAGAACGUGAUUGCAGAGAGUACUGAGCAUGCGCAGAAAUGAUAGAAAGAUCUGGAAGCAUGGUGCUGUAAGACGUGUGGUUGUUGCCGUCAAAUUGAAGUUCUAUUCUGCCAGAAUAUGGUUCUUUAUUAGAAACCUACGGAGAACACAAUACCUCCCGUGGUACAUCCAUGUAGAAAAGUACCUUUUGCAUCACGUCAUCGACUGAAAGCAGAGCUUGACAGAACGGAAUGGCUAGAAGUCAUACAGAAAGCUCCCAGACCAAUCUCCAAACAGAAGAAGGAGCAGUGUUAAGAAGAAAUUGCAAAGACCUCAAGAAAGAGCCAACUUCAGAGUUUCAGUUAACUGAUGCAGACCAGACAAAACAUAGAAAUAACAAUGAAACUCAAGAACUGUGUGAACCACUUAGAAGGUCCACCCAUGUUCGUAAACCCCAGAGAGACUGAUAGAGACAUGUUAAAUUAUGCAUUUGCUCUGGUCAAUGUUGCUAAUUGUUUUUCUUUUUAAGGAAAUGAAGAUGUGGUGAUAUGACGUGUAAGAACAUGAUUAGGGAGAGUUCUGAGUAUGCACAGAAAUGAUAGAAAGAUCUGGAAGCAUGUAAGACACAUGUGGUUGUUGCUGUUAAAUAAAAUUUCUAUUCUUCCAGAAUAUGGUUCUUUAUUAGAAACCCAUGGUACGUAUUAAUAUAAAGAACUCAACAUGGUGUCAGAAGUUGGUCUGGAAGAGUAAUACAUUACUUAACAUGGGAGAAUUGAAGAUAAUCGAAAAGUGUUCGAACUGUUUUGGUGUGCUUUGUGUGGUUGGAUUUAGCCAAUGCCUAUGGUACAGUGCCACACAAAAUCAUUGAGACAGCACUGAAACAUUACCAUAUCCCAGAGAAGGUCACCAAGAUCCUGGCAGGCUAUUUCGAGGGGAUUCACCUAAGGUUCCGUGUGCAGGACUACAUAACAUCAUGGCAGCAAGUAGAGAAGGACAUUGUGACUGGCUGUACUAUACCCAUAGAUCUCUUCAUCAUGGCCAUGAUCUACUUAUAGAGGCUGGGAAAAGAGAGACCAGAGGACCAAAGUCAAGCACGAAUAUCAGACAGCCACCAAGCAGAGGAUUUGUGGAUGACCUUACAAUUACAACCACAACAUUUAUCCAAGCCGGAUAGGUUCUCCAGGCAAUGGACGAGACAGGGCAAAAAUGAAAUUUGAACCUGCCAAAUCAAGGUGUUUGGUGAUAAAGAAAGGCCCAAUUACCCAGAAGUUCACCUUGAAGAUCCAGGAUGAAGAAAUCUCAUCUAUCAUAGGAAACCCCAUCAGGUGUCUAGGGAAAUUGUAUGAUGACAGUCUGAAGGAUGUCAACAACAGCAGAUGCCUAGAACAACAAACAACAGAAAGGCUGGUAAAGAUUGACAAAUCAGGCUUACCAGGAAGGUUCAAGGCAUGGAUCUUCCGACAUGAGCUCCUACCCAGACUAAUGUGGCCAGUGAUGCUGUAUGACAUCGCCCUGUCAAUGAUCGAGGGUCUGGAGAGGAGGAUUAACCGGUAUCUGAGAAGGUGGUUAGGUGUACAGCAGUGCUUCUCUUCAACAGUGCUCUACAGCAAGUCAGCCAAACUCCAGUUGCCCCUCUCUUUAGUUGUAGAGAAAUUUAAGGUAGGGAAUGCAUGCCUCAUCAUAACCCUCAAAGACUCCAAGGGUGACAAGGUUAGUGAAGCAGGAGUCAAGAUACAGACAGGGAGAAAAUGGAAAUAUGAUGUUGUAGCUAUUAGUGAAACAUACUUGCAGGAGGGGUGUGAUUGGCAACUACAUAUUCUUGGAUUUUGUUGCCUCAGGUGUGAUAGAAUCGGAGGGGCAAGAGGGGGAGCUGUUGCAUUGCUUGCCAGAGAAAAUAUUACAGCAAUGCUCUGGCAGGAUAGAUUAGGGGGCUCAUCUAAGGAGACUAUUUGGGUGGAAUUGAGAAAUAGGAAAGGUGUAAUAUCACUUAUAGGUGUGUAUUAUAGACCACCUAAUGGGGAGCGAGAAUUGGAGGAGCAAAUUUGUAAGGAGAUAGCAGAUAUUUGUAUUAAGCACAAGGUUGUGAUUAUGGGAGAUUUUAAUUUUCCACACAUAGACUGGGAAGCCCAUCUGUAAAAGGGCUGGAUGGUUUGGAGUUUGUAAAAUGUGUGCAGGAUAGUUUUUUGAAGCAAUACAUAGAGGUACCAACUAGAGAAGGGGCAGUGUUGGAUCUCCUGUUAGGGAAUGAGAUAGGUCAGGCGACGGAGGUGUGUGUUGGGGAGCACUUCGGGUCCAGUGAUCACAAUGCCAUUAGUUUCAAUAUAAUUAUGGAGAAGGAUAGGACUGGACCCAGGGUUGAGAUUUUUGAUUGGAGAAAGGUUAACUUUGAAGAGAUGUGAAAGGAUUUAGAAGGAGAAUUGGGACAAUAUGUGUUAUGGGAAGGAUGUAAUAGAGACAUGUGGUCAUUUAAAGGUGAAAUUUUGAGGGUACAGCAUCUUUAUGUUCCUGUUAGGUUGAAAGGAAAGGUUAAAAGUUUGAGAGAGCCAUGGUUUUCACGAGAUAUUGGAAACUUGGUUCAGAAAAAGAGAGAUAUCUGCAAUAAAUAUAGGCAGCAUGGAGUAAAUGAGGUGCUUGAGGAAUAUAAAGAAUGUAAGAAGAAUCUUAAGAAAGAAAAGCUAAAAGGAAAUACAAGGUUGCUUUGGCAAGUAAGGUGAAAAUAAACCCGAAGGGUUUCUACAGUUAAAUUAGUCCCUUAGAGAAUCAGAGUGGACAGCUAUGUGUGGAGCUGAAAGAGAUGGGGGAAAUUUUGAACAAUUUCUUUUCUUCAGUAUUCCCUAAGGAGAAGGAUAUUGAACUGAAGGGAAUCAAGUAGGGAAGUUACGAAAACUAUGAGGAUUAAAGAGGAGGAAGUACUGGCGCUUUUAAGGAAUAUAAAAGUGGAUAAAUCUCCAGAUCCCGGCAGGAUAUUCCCUAGGACCUUGAAGGAGGUUAGUGUAGAAAUAGCAGGGGCUCUGACAGAUGGGAUGGUAAAUUGGAUUAUUAAGUAUGCAGAUGAUACUAAGGUAGGUGAUGUUGUGGAUAAUGGAGUAGGCUUUCAAAGUUUGCAGAGCUACUUAGGCCAGUUAGAAGAAUGGGCUGAACGAUGGCAGAUGGAGCUUAAUGCUGAUAAGUGUGAGGUGCUACAUUUUGGUAGGAAUAAUCCAAUUAGGACAUACAUGGUAAAUGGUAGGGCAUUGAAGAAUGCAGUAGAACAGAGUGAUCUAGGAAUAAUGGUGCAUAGUUCCCAGAUGGUGGAAUCUCAUGUAGAUAGAGUGGUGAAGAAAGCUUUUGGUAUGUUGGCCUUUAUAAAUCACAGCAUUGAAUAUAGGAGUUAGUAUGUAAUGUUAAAAUUGUACAAGGCAUUGGUAAGGUCAAAUUUGGAGUAUUGUGUACAGUUCUGGUCACCGAAUUAUAGGAAAGAUGUCAACAAAACAGAGAGAGUACAGAGAAGAUUUACUAGAAUGUUACCUGGGUUUCAGCACCUAAGUUACAGUGAAAGAUUGAACAAGUUAGGUCUUUAUUCUUUGGAGCAUAGGAGGUUGGGGGGGGGACUUGAUUGAGGUAUUUAAAAUUAUGAGGGGGAUAGAUAGAAUUGAUGUGGAUAGGCUUUUUCCAUUGAGAGUAGGGGAGAUUCAAACAAGAGGACAUGAGUUGAGAGUUAGGGGGCAAAAGUUUAGGGGUAACAUGAGGGGGAAUUUCUUUACUCAGAGAGUGAUAGCUGUGUGGAACGAGCUUCCUGAAGAAGUGGUAGAGGCAGGUUCAAUAUUGUCAUUUGAAGUAAAAUUGGAUAGGUAUACGGACAGGUAGAUGUAAGGACAGGGCUUAGAGGGAUUUGGCCUGAACCCAGGAAAUUGGGACUAGCAGGGUGAGCACUGUGGUUAGCAUGGACUGGUUGGGCUGAAGGGCUAAAUCUGUGCAGUAUUAGUCUAUGGAUCAGUAAGUGCCUGGAUUAAAUUUGAACUCACAGACUUUAGACAUGGAGAUAGGUUUAUUCCUAUUAAGCCAUGGCUGACACCUAGCUUGUUAUGCUUCUUACUUACUCUGACCUAAUUAUCAUAUCUCCGAUGGUUCAUUAUUUUCAGUUUGGUUGCCAAGCUAUUUCAUCCAUUUGGAGGCUGUCCAAUUUUUCAGUCAAACUGUUUCUUUUGAUGUGGUGAUGAUAUGAAUGUUUAACAGAUAUUUGCUAUAAACCUAUUUUUUAUCAGGAAAGACUAAAUCUAUGAUGGAAAAGAAAAUAAAUGUUAUUGAUACUA